AUGCAAGUCACUUUCGCCCUGUCAAAACUGACAGAGCGAGCAAAUACUUGGGCCUUAGGGCUCAAGCUUCACGACUCAAGCGUGGUUGAGUCGUUGGAGAUCUUGAAGUCUCGGCUUGAAGAGAGGUUCGAGCCGCCGAGAGACGAGUUCAGAGCACGCUCUACAAUCUUGAGGCUAAAGCAAGGUAAGCGUGCCGUGCACGCUUACGCACAGCACCUGCGCUACCUUGCGAGUAGCUUUACGGAGAACCCUGUUGAUGAGCACACGCUCAUCAACGCGUUCAUCUACGGCCUAGGGGAUGGGCCGGUGAAGACCUACAUGUUCCGAGAGGGCUUCCAUACACUGGAAAAGGCGAUAGCGUAUGCGAAACAAGAAUACUUUAGCCUGAGACAGUUUCAGGAUAACUCGUCAAACUAUCGUCCGACGAGACGACAGGAAACUGGAGGUCCCAAUCAAUGGACCUCUGUUACAUCGAGAGCAAGAACUCUCGCUCUCUGA